AAUCUAUUGAAAAAUGUUAAACUCACCACGAUCGUGGUGACCACGUGGUGUGUUGAGUUUCGUUCAAUCCAUGUUCUUUACAAGUUGGUCCAUCGAUCUGCAUGAUGUUUACGGACACUGAUCAUCAAGUCUCCAAAAAAAAGCUCAUGCCUUAAUUAUAAGCUUUCAUUGCACAUAUUUUCACUUUUUUCGUCGAUCAAUCGAAUUUUUAAUCUUUAAUUAUUCUAGUUAUUUUAAUUAUAAAACUUAAAAUUUUAUUCAAUUUGUGAUCAUUUACUAUAUCCCUAACGUGUUCAACUAAAUUUAUUUCAAAAAUUAAACUAAUUGUGAUGCUUAAGAUAAAAAAAAUUUAAUAAGGCAAACUUUCAAAUUCCUUUGAAGAAAAGAAAAGAAAUAAAUAUAUAUAAGUAGCAUUUUUUGCCGUAAAAAUUAUAAAAAUGAUGUUAAAAUAAGAGAAUAAAGUCUUGAUAUAAAGGAGAUACUGCUGAAAGAACAAAUUAAAAUGGAUUAUCUGCAAGAUUCAUCAUCGGAUCACGAGCAUUUACAGCAUCAUCAACAUUUUGCAUCCUCAUCGUUAUCGAGUCUGGAUGCACAUCAAUUGGAUUUUUUACAAAAAAAUACUCACAUUCAUCAUCAGAGUUAUUAUCAUCAUCAGGAACCAGUACAUAGGAACUCACCGAGUAGUUUUGAUCAAGGAUAUGCCACACUCUUAUCCUCGCCAACACAAUCGGCUCUGAGUAAUCAUUUAAAUCCACAAGUUCAUGUCACGUCAAAACUCGUCAAAGAAGCAAUGAAUACAGUAAGUUUGGCACACAAAGUUGCCAAUUUAUCAAUCAGUGCUAAAAGUAUAUGCAGUCUAACAAAAGUGGGCAGAAAUUCGGCAUUCAUGAUCAAUCCAAAUAAAUCACAUUCCAUAUUCGAUUUACUUCCCAACGAUUUAGUAAUAAAAAUCUUUCAAUGGCUAGACACAUAUGAUUUAUUGAUAUUAGCCUCGGUGUGUCGACGAUUUGAGAAAUUAAUUUGGAAUCCAAUUUUAUGGAAGAUAAUAACAUUAAAAGGUGAAGAUAUAAUUGGUGAUAAGGCAUUAAAUUGCAUAUUAAGAAGGCUUAUGGAUGAGAAUAGUGAAAAGUGUUCAAAUGUCGAACGUAUAAUGUUAAGUGAUGGAUGCAAGAUAACAGAUAAAGGAUUACAAAUGAUUAUACGAAAAUGUCCGAAUAUAACGCAUCUACAGACUCAAUUUUGUACAACAUUCUCAAAUCAGUCACUCAUCGAGUUUGUUUCAAAGUGCACAAAUCUUCAGCAUUUAGACAUCACUGGAUGUUCACAAAUAUCAUGUAUUAAUGUGAAUAUUGGAACUGAUGGGCCACGAAAGUUAUUACUGCAAUACAUAGAUUUGACUGAUUGUGCAGCACUCGAUGACAGUGGCUUGAGAUUAAUUGUUAAGACAUGUCCAUUACUAAUCUAUUUUUAUCUACGACGAUGUAUGAUGCUCACUGAUACUAGUUUAAAGAAUAUAUCAAAAUUUUGCAUUGCCUUAAAGGAACUGAGUGUGUCGGAUUGUCUGAAUGUGACAGAUUUCGGUCUGUAUGAAUUAACGAAAUUGGGACAGACGCUGCGCUAUUUAUCUGUUGCAAAGUGCAAAGUAAGUGAUGUUGGAUUAAAAUAUUUAGCUAGAAGAUGCUAUAAAUUACGAUACUUAAAUUGUCGGGGAUGUGAAGCCAUAAGCGAUGAUUCCAUAAUUGUUCUUGCCCGAUCAUGCUCGCGAUUAAGGUCGUUAGAUAUUGGCAAGACAGACGUGAGUGAUGCUGGAAUCAUUUCAUUAGCCGAGAGUUGUCCAAAUUUAAAGAAGCUGAGCUUAAAAAAUUGUGAUAUGAUAACAGAUGAGGGUAUAAAGUAUAUAUCAUAUUAUUGCCGUGGAUUACAGCUUUUAAAUAUUCAAGAUUGUAAUAUAACAGCUGAUGGCUAUAAGUCUGUACGAAAAUUUUGUCGUCGUUGUGUCAUUCAACAUAAUAAUUUAAUUUUUUCAUUGGAAGAUCAGAGAAUAUUUAAAAUGAACAGCAAAAAAACAUUAAAACGACCAAUGAAUGACGAUGAUAAUAAUGAAUUCGAGGAAAUGAAAAUCAGAUAUCAACAAUUCAUCAAACCUUUACCAGAAAAAGUGAAAAACAUCAAGCACAAUGUUUUCUAUAAUGCUAUCAAUUCAAAUAGAACAGAAGAGAAGAUGUCAAAUAUGGCAAGAGAAACUAGACCAUUCUUGUCUAAAGAAAUUUGGAAUAUGCUUGAUGAUUAUAUGGAUUUUAUGAGAAAUCUUUCAAGAAUUGAAGGUGAAAACUACAGAGCUAUUUACAAAGAUUUAACUCGACAUGAAUUAAUCAAGAGAUUGCUAUUUAAACGUCCAGUCGUAUUUUAUGGUCCAUCUGAUAGAUUCCUAUUAAGAUGCGAUGGAAAUAAGAUGAUGGAAGGGAAAAAUGAUUUUAAAAAUGUUGCUAAGAAUCUAGACAAGAUCUCUGACUCAUCUCCGUACCUACGAGAAUAUAUUUCAUAUGAUGAGAAUCUAUUAUCGUCCUUAAUAGGGAUGUCAACUCCAACAUAUUAUUUUUCGAUUGGAGGUAAAGGUAAAGCAAGGCUGCCAUUUAUUGAUGAAGGUAUUUUAUGUGGAAUAGUUGGUGCUAGAAACUCAAAACCAAAUUUUAUGGAACAUCGUUUCACACUUCCUCGAUCAAAAGACUUUGACACAAAAGUUUUCAAGUCUGAUAAGUUUUGGAUUGAAAAAGUAUAUUCUGAUGCCUUUCCUGAGAAAGUUAUUCCAACAAUUCAAGACAUUCAAACUAAGCCUGAAAUUUAUAAUAAAAUUUACAUCAAUGGAGUUAAUGAAGUAUAUCUAGAGAAGCGAUUAAUGCUGUCUGUGUUGCCUUACAUGCAAGAAGCUAUGUCUCGAGGAGUUGAGAAGGAUAAAGAUGUAUUCUGUAGUGUGCCUGCGAUCGGAGCUGCCUUGGCUCUUCCUGUAGAAGAUCCUAAAAUGUAUUCAGGAUUUGCAGCAAGUGGAAAUAUCAAGGAAAUUAAAGUUGUUAACGAAAAUAUUGUUAUAACCUUCAAAGAACCUGUUGAUCACAAACUGAAAAUCAUCAAUCGCUCUCGUUAUGUUGCAGAACUACUUCCAGAAGAAUUCAGAGAUUGUAUCUCAAUAUCUGGAUAUGCUUGGGAUGGAAACAGUUAUCCAGGAAAUGAAUAUUGGUUUGGAAUGAUGGGAUCUUUUGAUCCCCAAGCCAUAAAUUGUUCUUUGUUGGGUCAAUUUCAAAAUCCAGAAGUUAAUGUAAAGUUGGCAGAUCCUGAAAGAAUUCAUAUUUAUUAA